AUGCCUACUGUGAUCUCCGAAGCGCUUUCUAAGAAGACCGCCGAGUCGACAGUCUCGGCGGUUCUUAAUCGAUCCGACUCAUCCGACGCCGACAUCCCACCCCUAGGAAAGCCGCAAAAUGAGCGUCGAUUUUGGUUCCAGCGAACCAAAAACUUCGAUCCGGAUGCGAUCGCGACCUUGCCGUCGGUCUUCGAUGAUGCAGACACUGCGAAGGAAUACCAACCUAGAGCUGACUGGGAAAACCUUCAUCGAUUCGAUCCUAAUGCACGCUGGACAUGGGGAGAGGAAUACCGACUUAUCCGAAAAAUCGAUCUGCGGAUUAUGGUAUUUGCCUGUCUUAUGUUUAUGGCCUUGGAACUAGACCGUUCCAAUCUGCAGCAGGCUUUGACCGAUAACUUCCUUAAAGACCUGCACAUGAAUACUAAUGGUAUCUACACAUCUGUUCUUGAUGCUUGUUGGAGGAAUUGUGCUUACCAAUGCUUAGACUACAAUCUUGGGAAUACGGUUUUCAAGCUUUCGUUCCUCUGUGCUGAGCUGCCUUCGCAACUGGUAAGUAAGUGGGUUGGUCCAGAUCGAUGGAUUCCCACACAAAUGGUUCUUUGGUCCGCAGUGGCCAUGGGACAGUAUGGCCUACAAGGAAAGACGACAUUUCUUGUCUGUCGGGCUCUUCUCGGGAUUCUUCAAGGUGGAUUUAUUCCCGAUGUUAUUCUCUAUCUCUCCUACUUCUACAAGCACCAUGAACUGUCUCUACGGUUAGGGUUCUUUUGGACGGCAAUGAACAUUGCGGACAUUAUUGCGGGCUUCUUGGCCUUCGGUCUAUUGCACCUGCGUGGGGUUCAUGGUCAAUCUGGUUGGCGCUGGCUGUUCUUGAUCGAGGGCCUUAUCACUAUGCUUUUCGGGCUUGCUGCAUAUAUGUUGAUGCCUCCGGGACCUUGCCAAACUGCUAAUUGGUCGCGUGGUAAAACUGGUUGGUUCUCGCCUCGAGAAGAAACGAUCAUAGUUAAUCGCGUCAUUCGCGACGACCCCAGCAAAGGUACCAUGCAUAAUCGCCAGCCAAUCACGCCUAAAUUGCUUUGGAAAAGUCUAUGUGAUUUCGAUCUCUGGCCUCUGUACAUCAUCGGACUUACUUUUGAGACGCCGAUGACGACACCUAAGCAGUAUCUGACCCUUACCUUGCGGAACAUGGGGUUCAACACCUUUGUUUCAAAUUUGCUUGCUAUCCCAAAUACAGUCAUUUCCAUCAUCCUCAUGCUUACCAUCACAUAUCUCGCGGAAGUUACUGGGCAAUUAACCUGGGUGUCCAUCCUUGGUCAAUUAUGGACUUUGCCCUUCGUGGUGUAUCUGUACGUGGUGGAUACUACUAGCGCCAACAAAUGGGUUGUUUGGACGAUUGUCACCUUGCUUCUUGGUUUUCCAAACGCACAUGCAAUCCAAGUCGGCUGGAAUUCCCGUAAUUCCAACACGGUCCGAUCUCGGACUGUUUCGGCUGCCAUGUACAAUAUGUGUGUUCAGGCAUCGGGAAUUAUAGCCUCUAACAUCUACCGCGCCGACGAUGCUCCCCGCUAUCGACGAGGUAAUGGGGUUCUUGUGGCUCUGGUCGUGACGAAUAUCUUUAUCUAUGUAUUGACAAAGGCAUACUAUGUCUGGCGUAAUGCAAGUCGAGACAAGAAGUGGAAUGCAAUGUCUCACCAGGAGAAAAUGCACUACUUGGCGACUACCAAAGAGGAGGGGACCCGGCGACUAGACUUCCGCUUUGCCCACUAA